AUGACAAGGUGUGGCAAGGUAAAAGUGUGGGAGCAUAUGGCAUUGUCUCGUCGGCAAAAAACUUCCUUAAUCAUUGGCAAAAUGCUCAAAAAACUGUCAUUGAGACCACUUUUUUCUGGUUUGAUACCGGGAGAUGCGGCUGAGCAUUGGUUUGCCCCAAUCGAUGGUAGAGUUAAGGUUAAUGUAGACGCGGCUUUGUUUUCGAAUCCUCAUCAGGUUGGGAUCGAUUUGGUGGCAAGGGAUAGUAGGGGCUUUCUAAUUGAGGGAUGUACAAAGACUUUUCUAGGCAAUUUUCCCGUAGCCACAGCCGAAGCUAUGGGAAUACGGGAGGCCCUCAGUUGGAUAAAGACGCGACAAUGGAUGAAUGUUGACAUUGAAUCCGAUUGUCUCACAGUUAUUCAAGCCUUACGAAGCCCAAUUGAAAUGAUUUCAAUGUUUGGUCAAAUUGUUAAAGCUUCUAAGGAUAUGCUUAAAGUUUCAAAUAAUGUUUUUAUUUACUUUGUUAGACGAUCAGCUAAUAUGGUGGCUCACAACUUUGCUAGAGCCUCUAUAUUAUAUCCUGAUUGCAGUUUCAGUUUGGAGUCUGUUCCAACUGAUUUGUUGCCUAGUUUGGUAACAGAGAUGAUGAUUUAA